AUGAUGAAACUUGGCAUGCUUGGGUUAGCAAUAUUAGCAGUAGCAGUAGCUGCUCAAACCAUUCCAGGCUGCCAAGAAAGUUGCGGAAACAUUAGCAUCCCAUACCCAUUUGGGUUGAAACCUGGUUGCUACUUGGACGAUCACUUUCUCAUCACUUGCAAUAACACCGCUUUCGACCCUCCCCAAGCCUUCUUAACUGUUGAGAUGAGUCAAUUUAGUAAAAUACUUUUCUGGUUGUGUCAUAUGAUUUUUUAUUCUACUUGGUUGCUGGUGGUUGCUGGUCUUGAAGUUGUUAAAGUAGUUGAAGCUGUUACAGAAGUUGUUGAUCUUAGUCUCACUACUUGUCUUCAUAUUUCAACAUUAACGACCAGUGAUAUUCCUGUACUCAACAUCUCUCUCGAAGAGGCUCACCUGCUCAUCACCUCCGACAAAACUUAUCGUAUUUACAGCUUUGGAAACACAACCUCAUACGACGGAGACUCUCUCGGUCUAGCAAAAUUUCCAAUUUCAGAUACCAAAAAUAAGUUCACUGUCGUCGGAUGCGACACAAUUGGUGUCAUUGCUGGUUCCACGGGCCAAAGUUACACCACUGGUUGUGUGACAAAGUGUGAUAACAUUACCGAUGUAGUGAACGGUUCUUGCUCUGGCGUCGGAUGUUGCCAGACCAUUAUCCCAAAAUAUGCCAUGGACUACGAUAUUACUCUCGUAAGCUAUGAAUAUGAUAACCAUAACUCUUCUUUGGAGGUCAAUAAUUGCAGCUACGGAUUUGUAGUGGGGGAUGGUUUUUACAAUUUCUCCUCUUCCCAUCUCUACAAUCUAACCACAACUUCUUUUCCUAUGUUUCUUGAUUGGUCAAUCGGCGAUCAAACUUGUAAUGAGGCGAAGAAGAACCAAUCAAGUUACGCUUGCAAGCAAAAUAGCAAUUGCUCUGAUUCACAAAAUGGUCCUGGGUAUUUGUGCCAUUGCCUUGAAGGUUUCAAUGGAAAUCCUUACCUCCAAAAUGGUUGCAUGGAUAUAAACGAAUGCGACAUAGGGUCACACCACUGCAAUUUGACUUGUCACAACUAUCCUGGUGGAUAUAACUGUUCAUGUCCACCAGGAUACAUUGGUGAUGGAUGGAACAACGGUACCAGUUGCAGAGUCAAUCGCGUCUCCAAGUCCAAGAGGUUUCCGGUCGUCAUUGUUGUACUGGGAAUCAGUAUUAGCCUCUUAGUUCUACUUCUUUUAGUUUCAUGGCUACAAAUCGGACUCAGACAAAGAAAGCUCAACAAGCUAAGAGAGAAAUUCUUUGAGCAAAAUGGUGGGAGCUUGUUAAGAAGAGAACUUUCAAGAUGCAAACUGUCUAAAGAAAUAGCUCAAAUAUUUACAGAAGAAGAUCUCAAGAAGGCGACGGAUAAUUACCACGACAGUAGAAUCCUUGGUAGAGGAGGCCAAGGAAUAGUCUACAAAGGUAUAUUGCAAAAUCAAGGUUUAGUAGCCAUAAAAAAGUCGUCCCGGAUUGGAGAUGAAAGGCAAGUUGAAGAAUUCAUUAAUGAAGUAAUCGUCGUCUCCCAAAUUAACCAUCGAAAUGUGGUUAAACUACUGGGAUGUUGUUUAGAGACAGAAGUCCCUCUACUUGUUUAUGAGUUUGUCACAAAUGGUACACUCUUCCACCAUAUCCACAAUGUAGAAGACAACAAUAAUUCUCCACUGCUUCCAUGGGAGACUCGUUUCAAAAUAGUGACUGAGACAGCUGGAGCACUUUCUUAUUUGCAUUCUGCUGCUUCAAUUCCAAUCAUUCACCGCGACAUCAAGUCUGCAAACAUUCUUCUAGAGGACGACUACACUGCCAAAAUAGCCGACUUUGGAGCUUCAAGGUUAAUCCCUCAUGAUCAGACAGAAUUAGUCACACUUGUGCAGGGCACUCUUGGAUAUAUGGAUCCUGAAUACUUGCAAACAAGCCAAUUGACCGACAAGAGUGAUGUUUAUAGCUUCGGCGUUAUCCUUGUUGAGUUACUCACGGGAAAGAAGGCAUUUUCAUUUCGAAAUCCAGAAGACCUGAGGAACUUGGCUAUAUAUUUUGUUUCUGCAAUAAAAGAAGAUCGAUUGGUCGAGAUUCUUGAUCAUAGAGUGGUGAAUGCGAGCAAUAUUGAGCAGGUGAAGGAAGUAGCUAUGUUGGCUAGAGGAUGUGUGAGAGUGAAGGGAGAGGAGAGGCCAAGUAUGAAGGAAGUUGCAUAUAAACUAGAAGGGCUGAGAGUUAAAGGUGAUCAUGAUCAUCCUCCUUGGGUUGCUUGUGAUUUGUACCCAGAAGAAACUGAAAGGUUCAUUAAGCCAGCAAAUGGUGGUGAUCAUGGUGAUGCUGGCAGUACUAGCAGCAGCAGGACAACUGGGUAUUCUGUCAUGAGUAGCAUGGAAAUUAAAGCUGGUAGAUGAUUCAGUUUCUAGCAUAAUCGGAUCAAGUAUUCUAUUGUAUACAUUUUGCUUCUUUGACUCUUUUGUUUAGUACUUUUCUUGUAUGUAAGAUUGUUAGUGUUAGUAAGGUUUCUCUCAUUUGCAUGUGUAUUGUACAUGCAAGUUUGUA